GAUGCCCACCAGCCUUCCCGUUUCCCUUCAUCUCCUUCACAGUUCCAACUCCUCCCCCACAUACCUCCCUUGUCUGUACGUCUGCAAGUCUAAUUCUGCAGAGGCCGCACUUGCUGAUCUCAACUUUGGUUGGUUUCGAUAUUGACCUUCGUCUCAUCUUUCCGGGGUCCAUUUAUACAUAUAUACAUUAUUAUCUCGAGAAAAUGCCGCACUUCGGUGGCGGAGAUGUGCACGGACAGGCCCCCAGUGGCGGAGGAGACUCAUCGUUAAUGGUUGAUGGCCCGACAUCGAAACGUUCCAAUACUACACCGCUUCCUCCUCUUCCUCCUCCUCUGUCGGCAGCUCGAGACUCCCGUGACCUGACUGCUCUAAUGUCUUCGUCCUGGCCCAUCUCCCUCAAGUUCGUGGAUGUCUGCUUCCGUGUGAAGAUAGAGGACAGCAGCAAGCAGGGGACCAGCCUCAGGCGCAUUCUCUCCCCCCCGGGGCCCACCAGGGAACCGGCGGCUGCGUCAACUCAGGAGCGCACGAUCCUCCACGGGAUCACCGGCGUGGCUUCCCCCGGGGAGAUACUGGCUGUCCUCGGCCCGUCCGGGAGCGGCAAAUCCACGCUCCUCAAUGCGCUCGCCGGGAGGCUCCACGGUAGCGGUCUCACGGGGACUAUCCUCGCAAAUGGGAGGCGGCUUGGCAGAUCAAUUCUCCGGCGCACGGGGUUCGUCACCCAGGACGACGUGCUGUACCCCCACCUCACCGUCCGGGAGACGCUCGUGUUCUGCGCCCUCCUCCGCCUCCCAAGGACGCUGAUGUGCGCCGAGAAGGCCUCGGCAGCCGAGGCCACCAUAACCGAGCUCGGCCUCUCCAAGUGCGCGGACACUAUUAUUGGGAACAGCUUCAUCCGCGGCGUCUCCGGUGGGGAGAGGAAGCGGGUGUGCAUCGCCCAUGAGAUGCUGAUGAGCCCGAGCCUGCUGAUCCUCGACGAGCCUACGUCCGGACUCGACUCGACCGCGGCGCACCGGCUGAUGGCAACCCUGGAGGCAGUUGCCCAGCGCGGGAGGACGGUGGUGACAUCAGUGCACCAGCCGUCUAGCAGAGUGUACCAGAUGUUCAGGUCGGUGCUGGUGCUGAGCGAGGGCCGGUGCCUCUACUAUGGGAAGGGCAGCGAGGCGCUGCCGUACUUUGAGUCGGUCGGCUUCUCGCCGGCCUUCCCUAUGAAUCCAGCCGACUUCCUUCUCGACCUCGCUAACGGCGUGUGCCAUAUUGAUGGCAUAAGCGAAAGAGAGAACCCGAACAUAAAGCAGACUCUUGCUGCCUCUUAUAACACCAUCCUAGCUCCAAGAAUAAAAGCUGCCUGCACAGAAAUCGAAGCGGCUCCCCCGAAAGUGGAUGGUACCCCCUUUCCGGUAGAAAGCCGGACCUGCAGCAGCAACCUGGUGAUUGGCCUGUCGAAUUGGUUCAACCAGUUCAUUGUCCUAAUGCAGAGGAGCCUUAAGGAACGAAAGCAUGAGACGUUCAACAGCCUCCGUGUCUUCCAAGUGGUGGCAGCCGCCCUCCUGGCAGGCCUGAUGUGGUGGCACUCGGACUUCCGGGACAUCCAGGACCGUCUCGGCCUCCUCUUCUUUAUCUCCAUCUUCUGGGGGGUAUUCCCGUCAUUCAAUUCUGUCUUCGCUUUCCCUCAGGAGCGGGCCAUUUUCACAAAGGAGCGGGCCUCAGGGAUGUAUGGCCUCUCCUCCUACUUCAUGGCCCGUGUCAUAGGUGACAUGCCGAUGGAGCUGAUCCUCCCCACUAUCUUCCUAUCCGUGGCUUACUGGAUGACAGGGCUGAAAGCUGAAGUUGGGGCCUUCCUCCUGACGCUCUUGGUCCUGCUCGGCUACGUGCUCGUCUCCCAAGGGCUCGGGCUCUUCCUUGGCGCUGCCAUCAUGGAUGCCAAGCAGGCUUCGGCAGUUGUGACAGUCACGAUGCUCGCCUUCGUCCUGACAGGCGGGUUCUAUAUCCACAAAGUCCCAUCCAGUUUGGCUUGGAUCAAGUAUACAUCGACCACCUUCUACAGCUACCGACUUCUAAUCCACAUCCAGUACGGGGAAGGGAAGCGGAUUUCCUCAGUCCUGGGGUGCUUCCACAACGGUAACUUUAACCCAAACUGCAAGUUUGUCGAGCAAGACGUGUUGGGCCAAAUCUCACCCGCACUCAGCCUUGGGAUUCUACUGGCUAUGUUCUUCGGGUACCGGUUACUUGCGUAUCUCGCCCUGAGGAGAAUAAGGACUUGAAGCUGAUUGUUUUAUUCACUGGGUUCUUUCGACAUUUUUAGGUGAUCUACGGUUAUUGCUAUUGCGGCACAAGCUCUUUACUUGAAGUAGCACAGGUAGACGGAUUCCCGCAAACCGGAUUAUUGAAUGCAUCAAGCAAGAGGGACAGAGAGAGAGAGAGCGAGCAAUUGGCGCAAGCGAAUUGUAACACGAAAAACAUGUAUAUAGAGAUGGAUCAUUGUGAUGUGUUGUCUCUCCUCCUUAAAGUUAAUGAAGUGCACAGGUCUUAAGUCUCCUGCUGCUUUCUUUUA